AUGCUCAGGGGACCACCGAGGGGAGUUCCGCCUUCCGUGCUCAAAGUAUCCCACCUACUGCUCCAGGCCAUCAGCACACACAGAGGACUAACUCUGUCUGCUCUCAAAAAGGAACUCCGCGAUGCUGGCUACGAAAUGCGCAGGAAGAGUGGCCACUGCUUGGGCAAGAAGUCCAGGCCUGAGAUUAAGGGCAUGUUCCUCCGAGUCAGCGGCAGCGACGCUUCGGGGUACUUUAGGGUCUGGAAGAUUCCCAGGUCUAAGAGGAAGCCAGGACACCAGAGGUUGAAAGAGAGCUCCCGCUCUCCUAGGAGGAUCCCACGCCGGCCCGGGAGUCCACCAAGGCGCCGCCCGUGUCGCAAGGGGGCCAAGGCCAAGGAAAUACGGAAACCGAGCACGAAGGUAGACUUGAGGAUGAGGAAGCUGGUGUCAAGAGCCAAGGGCCUGCUGCAUCCCAGGGCCAAGGAGAAAACGAGACCCAAGGUGAAGGAAAAUGGGAGGCCACGGACUGUGAAGGAACAGUUGAGGUCUAGAACAAGAGAGGACAAGAGAUUAAACUCAAAGGCAAGGGAAGAGAAGGUGAAGAAUUCUGAGAAGUCGGUGAAACGCACUAUCCAGAAGCUAGCUAACAUCGGUCAAAACCGACCAGAUCUUUAG